CCGGUUAAUUUACAUAUAACACCGCCCAGAGUGGGGAUGAACAUCAUAAUCCAUUUAUUCUGGGCUGUCUCUGAAGUAGAAGACAAAAAACAGCUGGAAAAGUUUGGGAGAGUGUGUGACGAACAGGGCCAAGUGCUUCGAGAGACAAGAACCGAAGCUUGUUGGGCUCUUUGCCCCAAUUUUGGAUUACGGUAUGGACGCUUUGAAGUCGGCUGGAAGGGCAAUAAUUCGGAGCCCCAGUCUCGCUAAACAGUCAUGGGGUGUAGGCAGACAUAAAAAGCUGCCAGAGAACUGGACAGACACGCGGGAGACCCUGCUGGAGGGCAUGUUGUUCCAGCUCAAGUACCUGGGCGUCACGCUGGUGGAGCAGCCCAAAGGAGAAGAGCUCUCCGCAGCCGCCGUCAAGAGGAUCGUGGCCACGGCCAAAGCCAGCGGCAAGAAACUCCAGAAAGUGACAUUAAAAGUGUCCCCUCGAGGAAUCAUCCUCUAUGACUAUGCCUCUAACCAGCUGAUCGAGAACAUAUCCAUUUACAGGAUAUCCUACUGCACAGCAGACAAGAUGCACGACAAAGUGUUUGCCUACAUCGCCCAGAGCCAACAGAAUGAAACCCUGGAGUGUCACGCCUACCUCUGCACCAAGAGGAAAGUGGCCCAGGCAGUGACGUUAACAGUGGCCCAAGCCUUCAGAGUGGCGUUUGAGUUCUGGCAGGCUGCCAAAGAAGACAAGGAGAAGCGUGUGAAGUUGGGGUCGGAUGGGGAAGGAGCCAGUAGUAGCCAGUCGGAGAGCUCGGCCAGCCUGGGCAGUCUGAAGGGAGGAGGUGAGUCACCAACCAUCUCUGCCUCAAGGAUGGAAAGAUAUUCAAAAGAAGUGGCCACAGGAAACCUUCUAGACUUGGCAGAGGGGGCGAACAUGGCACUGGUCCACUCGGGGACAAAGGAGAGCGAGCUGGACCCCUUCAUGGUGCGCAACCACUCCACAGAGAACAACAAUACUGUAUGGGAGCUUGAGGAUGGUCUGGAUGAAGCUUUCUCAAGCCGCAGUCUGGAUAGCUUUGAAUCAUACUCAGACUCGCUGAGUCUCGCAAUAACCCCCAGGUCCUGGACAUUGGGGUAAACCCUCAGGACUUCAACACCGAAGAGUGCCUGUCCCCAACUAACUGGGACAAAACGGACGCAGACAACACCGAGAAAGACGAUAUGUUUGGGUUCUAAGGGUGGAGCCACUGCGGACUCAAGGCAUUGAGGAAGGGAGAGAAAGAUAGAGGGAUUUGAGUGAAAGCAGUAGAGGCAGUGACUGGGAUGUCUGUGAAAUAGUAGUGCCAUGGAGUUUGUACCUGAUUCUCCCUGAAAGUCCACUCAGUGGCGCCAUCUUGAGGGAUGUGACUGUUUGUGCAUCUAGCUGACCAACCAGGUGAGACCUUCCUGAGCAGAGAGCCUCCAGAACUCAUACCAAAGCAAUGUAACCAAUUGUUUCUUUUAAUUAAAUGUUAAACAUGCAGCCAUCUGGUGUUAAAUUCAACUGUGCAUUAAUUUUUUAUUUUUCUAUUUGCCCACUGUAUAUGUAUCUACUGGUAUGUUUGAACUGUGUGUGUACACAAUUUAAGUAUGUAUCUACAAGCUGAUAGAGCUAUAUUUUAUCAUUUUUUGAGCAUUUGGUGAAGGCGCAGUUAAGCAUUUAGAGGCAGAAAAUGGAUAAAACAGGUUAAACCUAUGGUCAGUGUUUGAUGUGGAGUCAGGGCUAAUGCCAUGGUUAUGUUCCCUAUGUUAAUGUACCUGUGGAUGGAGGGGAAUCUUCACAGGUGAUGGAUUGAAAGCCACCAGCUGAACUCCAGCCCUGAUGCCAAAUAUAAGAAUAAUGAGUGCGGGUGACUCAUCUGUGCUCUAAUAAUUGGGCAAACAGGCUUGAUCAAAAUUGACUUGCAUAUAUAAUGUGUGAGGUGUGUGUGUGUGUGUGUGUGUGUGUGUGUGUAUGGAUUCAUCUUUUAUUCUAUUGCUAGAUCUAUUUUUGCACUCUACUCAUCCCUCUCCAAAGCACAUACUUUCAUGUUGGGGAUUGUUAUAACAUCAAACUCUUACAUAUACCACUGUAAUGUUGUCUAUGACCUUGUUUGUGCUAAUAAAGAUUUGAUAGUUUACUCAUCAGUUUGGGUAUGAGGAUUUGAGGUCGUCUCAGUGUUAAUGUCUGACAUUUUUCUUAGUUUGAAAUGUAUUUAAAUAAUUUCCGGGUUUAUGUUACUCCUAUUGAAUACUCCUAUUGAAUUCAAUAAAAUGUAUAUCAAUGUGA